GAUGAGUCACAGUGUGAUGCAUCAUCAUCUGAAAUAUCCUCAGCAUCAGAAAAGAAAAAAAAAUUUUAACAAAAAAAAAGUCUUUGAAAAAAAGCAUCAGGUCCGAUCAUCAUUUCGAUGGACAGCUACAUUCUGACAAUGAAUCAUCUGAAUCAUCCUCGACGUCAACUGAAAGACAAUUGUUGUUAACAGGAAUAAAACCUACAAAAAAAAUGGUUCGCUCUAGCCAUACAUUUGAUGAAGAUAAUAUACAUUCUGAUGCAUCAAUUUCUUCUUUAAUGUCUACGGCCGGUAAAAUAAAUUUAUUAAGAAAAAAAUCUUCAAAAAAAGCCCAGUCUUAUGAAAAACUAAAUUUUGCAACUGAAAAAAGACUGGUUGAUGGUAAUGCUACAUAUGCACCAAAUAAGAAGCAUUGCCCAACAUGUGGUCGCUCAGAUAAUGCUGUAACAGUUACUAAAUCCGAUUUAGAAUCACUGAAAAGAAGUAUCGAAUAUCGAAUCAAGGAAGAAGCAAAAAUAACUCGAACAUUAAUUGAAGUUCCUAAUAAAACUACAGAUAUUGAAAAAAUACUUAAUGACAAUAUACUUAUGGAUUUGCCCAAAAUGACCUUGGAAAGUUUUAAAGAUUUUGAGAGACAGUUAGAGUCUGACAUUGAACUUGUAAAAAAAUUGAAAUGUUUUAUUGUUCUCAAUAUGAAAACCUCUUCAAAAGUAAGUGAUAACUUAACAGCAGUUAUUCCUAAAAUAAUCUGUAAAGAAGUUCAACUAAUGUACAGUGCGUUUGGAAGGGAAACAAAUGGCCAAAAAAAAUUUAAUUUUUCUUCUACCAUCACUUAUAAAUACUUACUAGAAGCACUUACAACUAAACAUGAAGAUGUAAAGGGAAAAGAGAUUUCGAGCAUUUUAAGCCGUUGGUUUUCGGGGGCCAAGGACCGUGAAGGAGGGAAGAAACUUAGAAUGAAGAAUGACUGAAAAAUAAUAAAUUGAAUGGCUUAAAUAAAACUAUUAUUUUAUACUUAAUACUUAAAUUAAUUACCUACCUUAGAUAUUACAUUUUACUCCAAAUAAAUAAAUAAAAACCUUAAAACUCAAAUACCUAUAGUGAAACAUCCAUAUAACAAACUUCCAUUUAACGAUUUAUUUUUGAGAACCUUGACCUUCAUUGUUAAUUAUGCGUUUAUUCUAUUUAACUAAUUCCUCUGUAAUACAUAUUUAUUUGUUCCACUUCCCUCCGAGACUUUGUUAAACAGAAGUUUCACUGUAUGUAGUUAUU